CACAUGGGUCACAUCACAUACACUCCACACGAUUGAUCCGUUCGGCCCGACCAGGCCUGGCCCAUGCCCAGCACGUUCACGGAUCGGAUGGUCGGAUUCUAGCCCGCAGAUUAGCCAGAUUGGAUCAGCCUUGAACCCGUGGGAGAUUUCCGGCGGGCCACGUACCCCGCCUACAUCGGGCUUUGAAAGGACAAGCCAACGCCGCCCAGGCUAGUCUAUUGGGCCUUCCGGGACACCUCACCAUGAUGAUGACGGCGGCCACGACCAUAAUCGAGGAGGGCGAGCUCGACCAAUUGGACCUCUCGGACAUCAGUGAUUCUGAGUUUCCUGACACCCCCUUUAAAGGGGAACGCAUUCCCGCGGCCUCGGGUCACGCCCCGAUGGCCACCACAGGUAAGUCCACUUAUGACGCGGGUAGGUAUCAUCAUAAGAGGAAACGAGGUGGGCUCGAUGCCAACCGGGAAGCGCUCAUCAACUCACCGGUCCCGGACGACGUCAUCGAGGUGCCACCCUCUCCUUCGCUAUCGUCUCUUUCGCUAUCCCCAGCCAGUGGGCGGGAUCCCGAUGAAAUGGAAGACCUUGAUGAAGACGAACUCUAUCUCCGAUUGAUCGCCCUUCGGUCCAUGGCUCCGGAAUUGGGCCCCGAGAGGCUAUCGCCGGAGAAUGAACCGGCUGCCCCCGAGGACCCCCACAUGAUUGAAAUGAUCGAUCUGUUAGAAGAGGCCGACGAGGCAGCCGAGGAGACGGCCCCGGAUAUUGAUAUCAUAGCUGAGCGACCCGCCGGUGCGGUUCGAACCCAGGACACCAUUGAUUUGAAUUUAGUGCAGGAAAAACUCAAACGCAACCUUCAAAGGCUCAAACAACUUGAAACGAAAUCUAGUCGAGUGCCUAUUUAUUCACCCUCCCAAUCGCCAGUUUAUGAUCAUGAAGGUCCAGAGCCACCGGCCCUCGCGUCGGGUGAUGUCACGCCCACAUACAUGGCCGAGCUGGAUGCUCAAGGGCUGGUCUCGCCAGUGCCCGUGGAAUCACAAUCAAAAGUCACUUCCCCAUUAUCUCAACCGCCGAAGCCAUCGCCGCCCAAAAUCGGUUUAGUACCCAUGGCCAAUUUGAUCAGCGGUGGAGACCAACCAACAUCACCUGUCUGGCACCCCCGACCCGCCAAUAUGGAAAGUGUCGACAUGGAGUUGGGAUCUGACAACGAGGCUGAGCUACAGUUCUUUCGCGAUCAGCAUGAUCCCGAGAAGCAGAAGGACUCUUUGUUCCCGCCUUCAGUUUGGGCUUUCAAGAGCUCGGGGAAGGCGGAUGCCUCGGGACCCCUGCUUGUAGAUUUGAACAUUCCUCAUCUUGCGCCCGCUCCCAAAAGGACCACGCCCAAAAGACGGCGGAGAAAAACGUCAUUGGCCAAAUCUGAGAUCACAGUGGUGUCGUCAGAAGAGGAUGAAGAGGAUCUCUUUGCUCAAGCCUUCAGUUCAAUGGGUCGACGGAAAUUGGAGAAAAAGAAGCAACAGCAAAGCCAUGGGGUUGUUCCACCCCAAACAGAUGUUGUUGAAUCGGCAACGUCAGACCUGCCGUCCCAUGCGUCCUUGGAUCCAAUUGGAAAGGAAAAAGUGCCAAAUCCCUUGAGAACUUUGAAGAAAAGAGUGAUUAGCCGAGCCAGCAACAAUAGGAGUACGGAUAAGAUUCGAUCUGCUUUGAAAAAUCCUGAAGUGUUAAGGCGACAUUUUCCAAAUCUUUUCAAACCCUUUAUUGUUCGUUGUGAUGGCGAAUCGGAAUCCGAUGACGAGUUGCCCAGUAACUCUGAGCGGAAAUCCGUUCGGAGCCACAUGUUUGAUCAGAACUUGGACCAAUUCCUACUAGAAAGUCGAAAGAAGUCCGAUGGCAGCAGUAGUUGUAGUAGUAAGAGCCAUGAUAAUAGUUCUAAAACUAAGCCCCCGCCUCCCCCUAAACCGGUAAGAAGGAACCCCCCAGGCUUAGGUAAGGGCAAGGAGGUUCAUCAAAAGACGACAAUGACUCCCGAGACAAAGGCCAAACUCAUGAAUUCCAGCAUUCGCCAUCUGCCCAAGGAGAAGCAAAUUGAAUAUCAAAGACUCAAGAGUUAUCUCACCAAGAAAAAGAAAUUGAAAGAAGCCGCCAUGGUCAGAGUGGCAGCCAAGGAACACCAGAAGAAAGUGCAACAGGCGGUCCCAGGAACGAAGGAAACGGUGGUCCAGAAAGCACCAGUGGUUCCAAAUCCUUUACCACCAGCUGAGAACCAAAAUCAGAAAAAAACUGAGUCAACUACAGCUGCGAUGAGUAUCUCAGUAGAUGAAAACGGUCGAAAUAUUCACUUGAAAGAAGGAGGAACUGAUCGUUUGAAUGGAAAUCAGAGUCGUGAAGUGUCCGAUGACGAACUUGAUAAAAAGGGUGGUAAAAAACUAAUUGCGCUAGAGCACACCUUGAUCGAUGCUCGCAAAGAUUUGGCUAGCAGUCUGUUUAAAAUGUCAGCCGAGUUGUCCCAAUACCGAAAUGAGAAAUCCAGCCGAGAUGAGGCCUCCAAAUUGGUGGCCGAGCUUAAAGCACGACUCAAGGAAGCUCAGGAUCUCGAGUUCAAAAGGGGAGGACAAGUUGAAAACUUGCGCUUAUCCAUUCUGAACUCUCAGCAGAUCUUGUUGAACAAGAAGUCAAAUAUACAAGAACUGGAAAAGAAGAUUGUACUCCGAGCAGAUGACGUUUUAGGCCCAGGUUAUGGAUAUAUUCUCCCGGACAAGUACAGUGACGUGAUCAAGAAGAAACUCCAUGCCAUCGCUACCAAUGCCUCACAAAUCAAAAGUGACCUCAAAACUCCCGCAUUCAGUACAAAUUCAUCCAAAUCCCCUCAGAACCCAACCACCUCGUCGUCUUCCUUGCCUGCCAUGGGAUCUUCCGUCUUGGCCCACAUGGGUGAUAACUUGCGAGUGCCUGCUCUGGAUCCUCAUAAGCAAUUGUGCCCAUUCGAGUUGUCGGGUCAGUGCAAUGACGCCAGGUGCCAUUUUCAACACGUGGGGAACAUAACGCAAACAGAGACGUGAACUGGUAUAUAUUUUUGAUAAACUCAUAUACUCCCAGGAUCUCUCUACUCGCAAUGAUCUGCGAUGAUCAAAGCAUUCAUUCAGGGUACAUUCUCUGGCUCUGGCUGAUAAAUGAAUGUACUGAAUCGUUUGAGACUGAGAUUUGAAAUAUAGAAUUCAACCACGGA